AUGCUCCCUGUGCGCAACGCCAGAUCGAUUCUUCGGCCACUGUGCAGAAGCAGAGCUGGCUUGAGCACCGCCUGCGGCCAGGGCCUGUUUGACUACACCUCCGGUCGCUGGCUGUAUGAUGAAGACCUCCAGCUUAAACGGCGAUAUAUCGAGUUCAAUGUCAAUGCUCUCCAAAGGGCUGCCGGCCGGAUCCUCGGCCAUAGCUGUUCUCAAAUUACAAAGCUACCAGAAGGAUUUUAUAAUAAAGUUUUUUUGUUGAAGACAGAGCUGGGCGGGGAGACUCUUGCCAGAAUUCCAAAUCCUAAUGCAGGCUCGGCUGGCUAUGUUAUUGCUAGUGAAGUGGCUACACUUGAUUUUCUUCGUAACGUCCUUGAUAUCCCGGUGCCUGAAGUUAUUGAUUGGAGUCCACCUUCCACACAGCCCGAUGCGGUCGGUGCUGGCUACAUGCUAAUGAAGAAAGUGAAAGGCUGCCAGCUGAGCGAGGUAUGGCCAGAUAUGUCCGAAGCUCAGCGAUUUCGGUUGGUGAAGAGUGUGGUUGCGAUCGAAGCAAAGCUCUCUUGUCUCGGCAUACAGGGCUACGGCAGUAUCUAUUAUAGAGAUUCAUACCCCAAUGGUAUGCCUCUUGAAAUAUCGGCGCCUGAUCAAGGCUCUGAAACGGAUGUUCUCGAAAAGUUUGUGCUUGGCCCCAGUACAGACAGAAAUUUUUGGGUAGAUGGGCGAGAAUCUCUAGAGAUGGACCGGGGCCCAUGGAGCACGGCGGCGGAGUACAUCUCGGCCAUAGCGAAACGUGAAGUACUCUGUAUUCGGAACUCUGUGCCCAACCAAUCUCGAUUUCACGCGUCAAGUCUAGCGAAAGGAGACAGAGCUCGUGAAGCACAUAUCAAACUCCUACAUCAAUUCCUCACCCUUUUGCCCCAUAUCUUGCCACCCGUGAAUAUAACCCAGGCUGUUUUAUUGCAUCAUGAUCUGCACGCAGAUAACAUUUUCAUCGACAUCGAUGACCCAACUAAGAUAACUGGGAUAAUUGACUGGCAGGCGACCUAUGCUGCUCCACUUUUCCUGCAGACAAGAUUUCCCUCGAUAUUUGACUGCGAAGACCCAUAUCCAUGGGGUGCAGUGCAGCCUGAGCUGCCCAAAGAGUUUGACAGCAUGACAGAAUUAGACAAGCAAGCCGCCGAGCAACAAUUUUCGAGGCUGAGGUUAAAAAAAUUCUACGAACUGGCGUCGAGGAAAUUCAACCCUGACAUUCCCCGAGCGAUGGAUGCCAUGAGCAACGAUGACGACCCGACGUCUUUUAUCUUCCAUCUUCUCGGGCAGACUUCCGUAGAUGGUCCGAUUCCGUUUCAAGAAUUGCUCAUACAAGUUUGCGAGAAAUGGGACAUACUUUGUGCCAAACGUGGGUCCGGCAUUCCUUGCCCCGUUAGUUUUUCUAGCGACGACAUUUCAAGGCACCGGGAAAAGGCUGCGUGUUGGGCGGCGAUCUAUGGUGAGUUGAACGAUCUGCUUGUCACCGUUGGCGGCAAGGAUGGGUGGGUGUCGCACGACGAAUAUCCGGCGGCAUUGCUCAGGUUUAACCAGCAUCGGGAAGCCUUGAAGAAGCUUCGCGGGCAGUUGGAGGAGACCUUGGAGGACGCUUGUUAUUUGUAA